AUGAAAAUACUUAUUCUCAUUUUAUUUACUACCGCAUUGGGUACAAUCCAAGUUAGUCUUAAAAGUAAUUGGAAAGACACUCCUUUAUUAUACGAAACAUUAUCAUAUUUAAAUGAAUAUAAUAAUGAAUUACUUCUUCCAUUUUUUGAAGGAAUUAUAGAAAAGGAUGUAUUUAAUUUAAGAGGAGAGAAAGCCUAUAAUACGUUUAUUGAAUUACUUCCAGAAAAUAAUAGAAAAUUAAUUGAAUUAGCAUUAUCAUUAAGAAGCCAAUCACCAUUUGUUGCAGCAUCUAAUUCAAUAAAUAUAAGUUGUAAUGGGAUUAUUAGAGGAAAUAAAUGUAGUUUAAAUGGAAAAGAAGAAAAAGGAAGAUUUGAAUAUGAACGAUAUUUAUUGUAUUUAACAAAACAAACUAAUACAACAGGAAUUCUUAUUAUUCCACAAGAAAAUAUAAAAGAAAAAUUUAAUUUAUUAAAACAAUUAAUGAAAGAAAAAGUUAUAAGUUCAAUGGCACUUUUUCUUAAACCAUCAUUAUCUGAAGGAAUAAAAGAUGGAAUUAUAACACCAUUAGAUACAAUGAACCUUACAGGAUAUGAUAUUGAAAUAAUGCAUAGAAAUUUUAAAAGAGAAUUUGGUAUAAUAAAAGAGAAAGAAGAUUAUAUUUAUUUAAAAGAAUGGAAUAAUGAAGAAUUAAGAAUUGGAAUGAUGGAUUAUUUAUUAAAUGAUAAAGAAAAAUCAAUUAGUAAUAAAUUAAUGAAUAUAACACAAGAAUUUCCAUUGUCUAUAAUUAAUUUAUUAAAAAGAAAAAAUGAAAGUUUAAAAAUAAUUUCAGAAAAUUUAAGAGAAGUAAAUUCACAAAUGAUGUUAAUAAAUGGAAUAUCUUUUAAUUUACAACAACAAUCAAUUUAUGACUUUAUUGAUAUUUUACAAAAAGAAGAUAAUAAAUUACAUGAAUUACAAAAAUAUGAAUUACCAAAGAAUUUAUUUAUUUCAAGUUUAGUUUCAAAAGAAAAUAAAGAAACUAUUAGAUUUCUUAUUCCAUCAGAACAUAUUAUAAAAUUAAAUUCACUUGACUCUUAUUUAUAUGAAAGAUUCCCAAAACAAUUAGAAUCAUUCUUUCAAUAUAAUCCUUAUAGACUAUUUAGAUACACUUCUCAAGACCUUUAUACUUUUAUUGCUACACUUGAUUUUAAUGACUUAAGUCAAACAUUAAACUCUUUAAAAGUUAUUCAAACUUUUAUGUUUAGAUAUAUGGCUCCUCUACAAUUUGGAAUUAUUCCAAUUAAUAUUCCAACAAAUGAAAUUGGUAAAAUUCUAUUAAGUAGUAUUAUUGAUAUUAAUAAUAAAUGGGGAACUGAUGGAUUAAUGAAAUUUAUUGAAAAAGUUGAUGAAUUACAAAUUAAUAGUGUUAGUCAAAUAACUGAUUUCUUUAGAAAGUUUUAUAGAUUAAGAGUAAGUACAUUUGAAUAUAAUAUUAAUAAUUAUUUAAAUAAUACUAAAAUAUUAAAUACUAUUAAUUAUAUGAAUAAUCAUGGAUUUAAAUUUAACGCUUUUUAUCUUAAUGGAGUCUUUAUUAACCCUGAAAAAAUGGUUAGUGAAUUCUCUAAAAUUUAUUCAAGUGAUAUUCCUAUUUUACAAGAAUUAAUUAGAACAAAACAACUUCAUGAUGGAAAUAUCUAUAAACAAUUACAAAAUAAAUUCCAAUGGAUUAAAUAUAUUGAUAAUGACCUUAUGACUAUUAAACAAAAUUCAAUUGCUAACUGGAAAGAACCUUUUAAUAUCUCUAAACCCGAAGAUAUUAAUCAUAUUAUCACUCUUUGUGGAGAUGGCGAUGAAGUUAAAAUGAAUCAAAUCAUUGAGAAAUUAUAUGAACUUCAUUCUAAGGAAAAAUGGAAAAUUAUUGGUGGAAUGAAAAAUAUAACUGAAAACCAAAUUAUUGAAAAUAAAUUUAAAACAAAAGAAUUUAAAGAAAUUAUAAAAAUAUUAAAAGAAGGAAAUAAAAAGGAAAUAUGUGAAAAUGCAAAUAUUAUUUUUGAUAGUAUUAAAAUUAAAGGAAAUGAACAUUUAGAAGAACAAAUAAAACUUGUACUUCAUGGUAUUAAACAUUUAAGUGAAAAUUUAAAAAGAGAUAUUGGAAUUAAUAAACUUGGUAUUGCAAUGAAUUUGAUUUUAUUAGAUUCAUUAACAACUAAUAGAGUAUAUGACAAUAAUCAAUCACCAUUAACAGUUAAACAAGUAGUAAAUGAUGUUAAUUCAAUUCAAUAUAAUAUUAAAUUAUUGAUUGAUCCUAUUAUGCGAGAAGCACAAAAAGUUAGUAAAAUGCUUCAAAUACUUGAAGAGUUAUAUCCAAAUCAAAUUAAUAUUGAAAUGAUUCUUAUUAAAACUUCAGGAAAAGGUGGUGAUUUUCCUUGUGAAUAUUAUUAUUCAAAUAUUCCAUUUAAACCAAUAUUUAAUAAUAAUCAAAGAAAAGAUCAAGACUUAAUUAUUCAAAGUUUACCAAAAAAUAUUAUGUUUCAAUUAAAAAUUAUUACAGCACAAAAUAUUGAUACUUUAUUAACUAAUACAACUGUUGACAUUGAUAAUUUUAAAAAUAAUGGUACUAUUAUGAUUGAAUAUUCUUUAACUAAUUUAGUUAUUGAAGCUACUUCACAAUCUAAAGUUUAUAUUGGAAAUGAAUAUCGUUAUAAUAUUAUUAAUGUUACUGGUGAUAAUGGUUUUAUUAAUCAAGGUGUAUUAAGUAAAGAUGGUUAUUUCCAAACAUUAGUUCCUCCUGGGAUUUAUUCUACCUAUUCAAAUCCAAGUAUGUACUAUAAAUUUAUUACUCUUAACCAACCAUUUGAGGUAUUAAACUUUAAAUUUACUGUUCAUGAAUUAUCAUUCCAAUCAGUUCUACUUUCACUUGAAGAAAAGAAUAAAAUAAUGAAUGAAUUAAAUACAAAUAAACCAUCUACUAGUAAUUCUUUCAUUAGUAAUUUAUUUGGAAAUAAAAAAGAUGAACCUCCAAUUGAAAUAUUUACUAUUGCAGGUGGUAAAGAUUAUGAAAGAACAGUAAAAAUUUUAAUCUAUUCAGUUAAAAAAAAUACAAAAUCUCCUUUAAAAUUUUGGUUGAUUGAAGAUUUCUUAUCUCCAGAAGGAAGAAUUAAAUUAAAAGAAUACGGUAAGGCAUUAGGUGUUACUAUUGAGUAUUGUAGAUUCCAUUGGCCAUAUUUCAUGUUUAAACAAGUAUCUAAAACUCGUAUUAUUUGGGCAAAUAAAAUCCUGUUUUUAGAUAUGAUGUUCCCUCAAACUGUUGAUAAAAUCAUUUUUAUGGAUUCUGACCAAGUUACACGUGCUGACGCUAAAGAAUUAUGGAACUUUGAUAUUCAAGGUAAUGCAAUUGCUAUGACUCCAUUCUGUGAUGGAGAAUGGUUAAAUAAAGAAACAGUAAAUUAUAGAUUUUGGUAUCAUGACUCAUGGCAACAUGCCCUUCAAAAUCGUCCUUAUCACAUCUCUGCAUUAUUCAUUGCUGACUUAAAGACAUUUAGAAUGAAUAAUGUUGGAGAACAAUAUAGAUCAAUGUAUAACAACUUGGCUUUUGACCCUAAUAACCUUGCUAACCUUGACCAAGACUUACCAAACUAUAUUCAAAACUAUGUCCCUAUCUUUUCACUUCCUCAAGAAUGGCUUUGGUGCGAGUCAUGGUGUAAUCAAAAGGUUAAAUCAAAAGCUAAAACAAUAGAUUUAUGUAGUAAUCCUAUUAAGCCAUUAGGCAAAAUAGAGAGUGCUCUAAAAUAUAUUGAAGAAUGGAAAAGUUACGAUGAAAUUGUUCAUGGAAUGGAAGAAAAAAUAAAUAAUAAAAAAGAGCUUUAA